AUGGCAGCUCCUACAGGAGGCAUAUCUGCUCUAUUAGGUCCUUUAGCUCCACCAUCGGCGGAUACAGCAGCAGCAGCAGCAGCAGUUACUUCGCCAUCAGGAAAAUCAAUUGCACAAUUAAUGAACGAAGUUGAUCAAUUAAAAAAAGAUGUUGAUAAUGCAAAAAAAACCUUGGAAAAAAUCGAUACUGGACGAAAAAACGCUGCUGCUAAUCGUGAUCGAUCAGUCGAAGGUCGUACACAAAUUCGAGAUUUAAAUGAACGUGUUACCAAUCUUCAAAAACAAAUAGAUUCUAUGACAAAAGAUACAGAUCCAAAUGUACCAACAAAACAAUUUGAAAAAACAAAAAAAAAUGCAUUAAAAACUUUAACAAAUCUUUCAAAAGAUCUUAAUCACGCUGAUAAACAUCUUGAAAGAGCAACUGGAACAAUACCAGUAACUAGUGGAUCUACAGCCGAUCUUCAAACUACAGCAACACCUGCCGAUGCUCAACCUAUAGCUGCUCCACGUGCAACAACUGAAAAGGAAACUACAACAGGAGUUGGAGCACUCAUAAGAAAACUUCCAUUUGGUAGUAAAAAGAAAUCAUCACCAAAACAAUCACUUGAUACUACGACGCCGACAGCACCAACAACAUCACAACCUAUUGAUAAAACAAUUGAUACAGUACAAGAAAAGACGAAAGAUGCAGUAGAAAGUGAUGAUGAAGACGAAGACGAAGAUGAGGAGGAUGAGGAAGAUGAAAGUGAUGAAGAUGUAGUGUUAGAUAAAAAGAAAGAAUCCAAAACAUCACCAUCUCAAUUAACGAAGAAAACUGAACCAAUUAUUCCAAGUCGAAAAAAAAUCGAAGUAUCUGAUGAUGAAAGUGAUGCAAGUGACGAUGAAGAUGAUGAUGCUGCUAAUGAUGAUCGUCGAUUAUUAAAUGAACUUAAAAGUCAAACAUUAACAGAUGAACACGAUAAAGAUCUUCCUAGUCAUGAUCGUCGAUCACGUUCACCAGCAACACCACGUAGUAGUAAAAAAAUACCAGAAAUAAAAACUGAUUUAGCACCAUCUUCAUCACCAAAAAUUAAAAAAACUACAGCUGUAAUACCACCACCACCACCUCCAGCAUCACGUCGAAAAACACAAAGUCCAAAAGGACGUCCUGAACCUUCUAUAACUAAAAAAAAACGAGAUGAUGAAAGUGAAGAAGAUGAAGAAGAAGAUUCCUAUUUUGAAGAAGAAGAAGAAGAAGAACUUCGACAUUUACGUGAACCAGAUGAUCGUGAAGAAGAAAUAUCUGAUCAUGAUUAUGAUGAACAAGAAGAAGAACCAACAGUAGUUAAUGCAUAUGUACAAGAACUUCGAACAAAUAAAUAUCCACCAGGAACACAAUUUCUUGUUACACAAAAUUUUACUGGUGAACAAACUGGUGAUUUAACUGUACGUAAAGAUGAUAUUGUAACACUUGUUGAACAACGUUCUGAUGAUUGGUGGUUAUUUAAAAAUAUUCAAACACAAAAAGAAGGUUUAGUACCAAUUAAUCUUAUUCAAUUGUUAUCUAAACAACAAAUACGACGUCGAAUAAAACCAAGUACAUCAGCAAUAACGCUUGUUGCUGCAUUUAAAGAUAAAAAUAAUAUUCCUGCUGGUUUUAUAUCAUCAGAUUUAGCAGAAUUAAGUCAAAUUGAAGAAUAUCAAUUAUGGCGAAGUCUUGUACCAAAAAUGACUGAAUCAAACCUUGCUUUUGUUGAUCUUUAUUGGCGUACUGAUAGAGAUAGAUUACAAGUACAACAAGUAACACAUCAAAAAGUUCUUACACUUAAAGAAUGUGUUAAAAUACCUCGAGCCAAAGGUGACCAGAUUCGUGUUCUCGAUCGAUGUGUUCGUGUAUGUCUUUUUGAUGGUGUUGAUAUCAUUUCGAAUAUUCAUACAAUUCGAGCACUUAUUCCAUCAAAAGUUGAUGACCGAGAUUUAACUGAAGAUUGGCAUUUUGUACGUAAUGAUAUAAAUACAUUAAGUGAUGAACAACCUGAAUUACUUAUACGUUCAAAUGUACCUAUUUCUGGUCGACAUUUAAAAUUACUUAUAGAAUUAUCACAAUGGUGUCAAUCAACAGUAACACAGGAAAAAUGUGAAAUUGGUUGUGGUUGGUCAAUGGUUUCAAUUGAUGAUGAUGAACCACCAUUAAUAACUAAUACAAAAGGUUAUAAUGAACUUUUAAAAGGUGGACAUAUAGACGAAACAAAUGUUCUACUUGAUGCUCAAUAUAAAGUUCUUCGUUCUGAUGGUAUAUCAGGUAUGAUUGAUCGUUUUAAACGAGCACGUAUUAAAUUUUCAAUUGAAUCACGUGAAGAUGAUAUUGAUUUACUUUAUGAUAAUUUACCAACUCAAUCAAUUAUUAUUCCAAUAAAUUUAAUAAGACCUGUAGUUUUUUUUCGAAAUGAACUUGCAUAUCAAUUACAUGAACGUCAUCAUCCAACUGGUCUAUCAACAACACCAAUAUCAUCAAUAUUUUUAAGUACAUUUCUUCAAUCAUUAUUACAACCUGAUCUUAUAUAUACAUUAAAUCGAUUAUAUCGUUUAAGAAAAGAUCGUUAUCUUCCAUCAUCAUCAAGUUUACAACAACAACGAAAAUUAUUUAUAAAUACAUAUGAAUUAUUUACAUAUCCUCUUCUUCAAUAUCGACAAUUACCAUUAUAUGAUUUUCAUGAUAAAAUAACAUUAAAUGAACGACGACAUUUAAUUAAUAAUACAAUUAAACGAUUAUUACCAAGAAAAAAAAAGCCUGGAGAUGAUAUUCUUUCAUUAUUACUUGAUCCUACUCUAACAGAUAAAUGGACACCAUUUACAACAGAUGAAAUUGGUUUUACAUUAGAAAGAUAUAUUCAUGAUUUUACAAAUGAUAUUGUAGCUUAG